AUGAGUGUGUCUGUACCUGAAACUAUUGGAGCAUGUCUCAGAAUUAUAGGUGCUGUGCACUCAGUGAGAGGGUGUCGCGUCGGGACCAACAUACAAACAUGGAGUGAUAGUUGCGUUAUAUUUAAAUCCAAAAUGCAGGACCAAUGGUCAGACGAAGCAGAGAAAAGUCGACCAACAUCACGACGAAAUUCCGGACCGUUCUCUCGUCGUGGAAGUGUGAAGAAAGAGCCUGAGAAGAAAAUCGUGACCGCGCCAGCCUCAAGCUCGUCCACUCCAAAAAAAGUAUCGAAGCCACAAAAUUUAGAUUUUGUUGUAACUGGAAAGCAAUUGUUGAAAAGAGGAGAUCGAGCACACUCGCUCCCCGCAGCGUACCACAGGCGACAGUCAGUCGACUCGUUACUCAAGUCCAAGAGAACCCUCGACUCUCCUCGACGAGUCAACUCCAGCUCCAAAAGCCGAAACACUUCUUUAGAAUGUGAUAUGUCUCUAGAUUUAUCUCAGGUGUCAGAUUUUGAAGAUACCAGCUCAAAGUAUGGGAUAAAAAGCAUGACCCAGCCUGUGGCCACUUCUACACCAAAGAAAUGUCUGAAAUCCAGAAGUUACUCCCUCCAGAAGGAAUCUAGACUGGAAUCCAAGAAGAGCAGAGAAAGUGUUUCAGAGGAAAGUUUUCAUAAAACCCCUUCAUCUGCUUACAGCAAUAGCAACAGACAAGCCCUGACCGAGCUGGACUACUCGUCGAUGUCUCCAGAAUGCUCCGGACCUUCGUCCGGCGACAGCGCGCUUAUGCAGGACACCCUGGUCUCCCCUAGGAGCCAAGAUUACCAAGAUACGAGUUUCUGCGUGAGUACCUACCAGGAGGAGGCGCGGGAGGCGGGCGAGUGGGGGCACUUCUGGGCCAACUACAACAACUCCCUGGCGAGAGUCCCCAUCAGCCGGUACUACGACCAGUGCCCCACUCCUUACAGAUCUGAUGUAGAUUUGGCGGAUUUUGAACUCUCCACAGACGGUUCCAGAAAGCGGUCACCGGACAACAUAAAGACAAUUAACAAUAUCAUACGCAAUGAAGGUAUACGUCUAACUCCACGGGAAACUCAGAACAUAAUCAAAUGCGCCCAUAUUUUAGGUAAUGUCCUUACAAAAGCAAUAGAACGCCAGACAAAGGAAAUAAAUGAAAAAAUCCAAGAUUUAAACCCCAUCCCUCCGCCAGAGAAAGAGUUGAAAAAAAAAACUAUGACACUAGAUCUAAAAGAAACGGUGAUGCCCCUCGAAGUGAAGACAACAGAGAGUGUUCCAACGCAAACUGACAUAUCUCUGCCAAAUACGAAAAGUGCGCCCAAAAUUUUUGAAAAUAUACUUAGACAGCUCUCAUUGAGUUCUUUGGAUGUUAAAGAUAAAGAUAAAGAAGACAAUUUAGAAGAA